AACUGAACUUUAUAAUAUUUUGACUAUAUUGUUUAAAUGAUGUAAACUUUCUGGAACAUCAACAUGCUGCAUCUCUCACUUGGUUUUAUCAAAUGUUGUUUGAUGUGAUUAUUAAUUAAUGUAAUAUCUGUAUAUUUUAUUGAUUAAUAUACAUAAAGUGAAAACUAUAAAAUGAUAAUACCUUAGCAGUUGCAAUGUGUACAUACACCACAAUGAGUAUGAUAUCAUUGUAUGUGUUUACUGAUCAUUACAAGUUAAAAUGAUGCUAAUCUUCUAUAUGUUUAAGUGCUUUUCCUCAACAAUACAAAAGUGACAUUUCUUAAAUAAAAUAAAAAUACCGGUUUUUUGCAUCUGAGCUAACUUGCAUGUGCGUGGAACAUGAAUGCGAUAUGUACAUCAAAUCUACCGAUCACCGGCUAGCCAAUAAGUUCUAAUUUCUAAUUAAUUAAUUCUUUUAAAUUGAAUCCGUGUGAACCGUACCGACAAGACGGCAUGUUACAGUGUUAAACCAUUAGAUAAUUAUAAUUCGAAAAUAUUAUGUGGCCGACCUCAUAGUAAGAUCAGUGUAAUGGCCAAUAAGACCAUCCCACGUUCGAAAAAAGCCCAUUUGUUUGUUUGUACACGCGUCGGUUAUUUAUCUAAAUUUCACGUGUGCAAAAACCCUUGUUGGGCCAUGUUUAAUAAAGUGACGGUUAGAUUAGCCCAUAGAAAGGGACGUGUGUUAUUUUGGAAAGGCCGAGAUGCACACUACAGGUUGUGUUUCGAAAGGGUUGACCGGCAGACAAGUUUCCAGAGUUAGAGAAAAACAGCAAGCAUUUUGUAUAUGGGUUAUGUCGUUUUCUUUCAGGUUGUUUAAUCAGAGAACCAAACAGUUUGUAUUUUUUACAAAGUUCACUCAUCACAGGACAGGUAACAAACGUUUUAACCAACUCAAGUUGAGAUUUAUGACAUAUUCAAAACGCUAAACAGCGAUUCUCUUAAAAGUUUUUUUUUGUUUGAAAAAGAUUCUCUUAAAAGUUACGUUGAAGCCACUCUUGAAUGGUGGAACGAAGGGCGUGGUUAGGGAGAAGGUUAUUAUGGGCAAGCUUAAGGUUUGUCAUGGGCGAGGACGUGAGGUCUCGUGACCAUUAAGUAGCCAUUCUCUUAAGGCGCCAUCUCCGUAGGACCGUAGGUGAAAUCAUCUGCUGCAACACGCGGCUCUAGCAUUACUUCCUGAAAAAAAAAAACAAAAAAAAACAAAAAACCAAUCAUUGACUUCAAAAUAUCUAAACUAGCUAAUGUGAGUGAGUUUAGAGAACAAUGCCCUACAGAGAAAACAAAACCACAAACUCAAAAGUAUCAUGUCAAUUAAGAAACCACACAAACUCGAUAGAAGUAAGCCUUAGCGUUCGGUUUUCGGUUUAGUUUUGGUUUUCAGUUUUUCGGUUCUAGAGAUAUAAGAACCAUUCAGUUAUUUAUGAUAAUAGGUUCGGAUUCUGUUAUUUUGGUUUUCGGUUCGGUUCAAAUAACAAUUAUAAGAACCAGCUAAUAUCCAAUAAACUUUUGUUUCCAAUGCGGUUUCAGUUUUUAGAUUAGUUUUAGAUAUUCGAGGGUACAAAAAUAUAUUUUUCAAGUUUUUAGCUUAAAAUCGGUCGGAUAAAUUUUACUAUUUUGGAUAAAACAAUUCAGAUAAUUCAAAAAAUCUUAAAUACUUUGGAUAAAAAAUAUUUGGAUUCGGUUUAUAAGUAAUAUUUUAGAAUAUUUGUUAUUUUAAUACUAUAUAUAAUUAAUAUUUCUAGAUAUAUAAAUUGUAUUUCAGAUAUUCAGGUAUCCAUUCGGUUCUUGGUUCGGUUCCAGGUCGGUUUGAUAUUUCGGUUAUAGAAAUAUAUGAAUUGUCCGAUUAUUUUUGAACAUCGGUUCGGUUUUGGGUUAGGUUUUUUUGUUCAGUUUUGGUUUGGUUUUUGGUAUUUAUGCUCAGGCCUAGAUAGAAGAUUUGUUUUUCAAAAUUCACCUUGGCUUUAAGAUUCAAUAAGAAAAAAUCAUUGUGAAUGUAAGAUCGAAUAUACAAAGCAUUAUGCUCAUAGUAAUAAUCAGAGGCUCCAGCCUCCAUGUCGUAGGGAACUAUGUAAUGUCGAUAGAGAUAUAUAUACUCACAUGCUGCAUGCAACUAUGUAAUGUCGAUAGAGAUAUAUUACUCACAUGCUGCAUGCAACUAUGUAAUGUCGAUAGAGAUAUAUAUUUACCCACAUGCUGCAUGCAACUAUAUAUAAUCGAUAAACUAAUCGAGAAUUUGAUUUUUUCUAAAUGCCCACUUUAACGUAACAUAUUUCACCAGUGCUUCACUGCUUCUUCUUCUUUUGGACAUUGAUCUCGCCUUUUAUUUUCCCCGAUUUGUCUAAUCCUUAUAAAGAAACUCUUCGCACAUUCUUUUCCUUUAAUUACAUUACAUAUAUAUUAGUUUUAAGGGUAAAUCAAAUCCUAUCAUAUUCUUCCAAUUAAGUACCAAAGCAUUGAAUUCUAUAAGGAAACUUAUUUUGGUCUUUGAAUAUGUUACUUCUUUUGUAAGUUUUGAAUGAAUAUAGUUACCAAACCUUUAGUUAUUUUCAUCCAAACAUGAUAUGUACAAGAACCAAUAUAUAAUACUUUAUCUAGAUAUAUAUAAAGACAGAUGUUAAAUAAAUGUAGAUUGCGUUUAGAUAUUUCUUCUAUAAACAAAGACGAUGACCCAAUAAUCAAUUUGUUUGCUGAAGAUUUUUUGACUGGUCAGAAACAAAACUAUAACAAAGAACUUUAGGCUUUUAAAUAAUCUCUUUGUCUGUUUUUGUAAAAGAAAAUCAGAGAUUGCAGAUUGCAAAUCCUUGUUCAAUUCUUAAUUUUUUUUAAUGGGAAUUAAAGAAAACCAUCAUGCAGCAGAAGAAGAAAAGACAAGCGAGAGAUCAGUAAAGGUGUUGCUAUCUGGUAUGUUCAGCAGGAAGAAGAAGAAGAAGAAGAAGGGAUCAUCAUCACCACCAAAUGAAGAUGCGCGUUUGAUGAUGAGAGGAGACAAAACUAAUAAUAAGAAUGUGCAUAUGUCUCUCUCUGAGAUGAUGAGGAAGUUGAAACAUUCUUUCAAAAAGGAGAAACCGCAACAUGACAACAAUAAGAGGUUACUAGUACUGCGGAAGAAGAAGGGAAAGAGUUUAUCAACAACAACAACUACUAAAAAUCAUUUCUUUAUCGAGCGGAUGGCUUCAAUAUCUCAGAAGUUACAACAACACCAUGUCGUCAAGGAGAAACAUAAUCUGUUGUCUGAGAAUGGAGAUGCCGAUCAACACUUGGCAGCGAGUGAAGAGGCUCAAGGAAGAAUUGUAUCGCUGCUUCCGGGGUACUCGUCUCCUUUUAGGAGCCCUGGGAAAAUAUGGGACCAGAAUCCAACUCUCCUUUCUAGAUCUGCUUCAGACAAUUUUAUGAAGUCUGAAACAUUGGCAGAGAUAGAAGAAAGGGUUUCGUUAAGCCAAGAUAGUAGCAGCCCUUCCGUGUCCAGUAGUAGCCACAACUUCGUCACCUUUGAGAUAUCACAACUUCGAGAAGCUUCUGAUGUAGAGAAAGAUGAUGAGCAGAGCUCCCAUGAAGAGAGCCUACCACAACCGUCUCGUCUCUCUGCGGCCUCACCAUCUCACUAUAUAUCUAGAACCGAUGAAUACGAAUUAGUUCUUGACCCGCUCUUCAUUGGAUAUGAAAUUAGUCCACAAAGAGGCGAAGCAAAGAAACAGACUCCGUGUAACCAAAAUGAAGAAAAAGAUGUUCCUAUGGAUGAAAAAGAAAGAGUGUUUAAGUACGUUAAAGCGGUGUUGGGUGCAAUAGACUCAAGCUGGGAAGAGAUGCACCUCAAAACAGAAUUCUCCGACCAGAUUCUCAACCCGGCUUUGUUCAGCAACAUACCAUUCUAUCCAAUUCGGCUUUGUUCCGCUGACCAUGACCAUGAGCUCCUCUUUGACUCCAUCAACGAACUCAUCUUCGAGUUCUGCAGGUUUCCUCAAUGGGUAUCCUUUGCUAAACCAAGAACCAAAGUCUUGUCAUUCAAUGGUGAUGAGAGCAUCGUUGACGAGGUUCAGAAAGAGGUUUACUGUCGUCUCUUCCCGUUGCAGUUUGCUGACUCGGUGGACCAAAUCAUUAGAGAAGACAUGGAUAAACGCAAAAACUGGUUAGAUGACGUCAGAAGUGAGGUUGAGUGCAUUGGCUUUGAGACUAGUGAGCUGAUUCUAAAUGAACUACUGGAACAAUUCAUGCUUGACUUGUUGUGAAGAUUAGAAGAUGAUCACAAAUCAAAAGUCAUCCCCUGUACUAGCAAUCACUUUGGAGAGAUGAGUAUGAUCAUUAGGUGAAUGUCUCAUAUGAAGACUAUUUUUUUUGGUCAAACUGAAGACUUUAUCUAUGUAAAAAAAU